CUCUUUAAUCUCUCUUUCUUUCCAUCAAACUCAUCCAUCACUCUUAAUCUACAAUGUCGUACGCUGAAGUGACCAAGGACAACAUCCCACCUGGGGAGAUGCCCGAGCCCAGCCAGGAGCUGCGGGAUGGGCCACCCACCCCCGAGGACCCCGCGCCCCAUCUCACUUCUGACGCCAAAGACGACUGGGAGCAGGCCAAGGCUUCGGCCGAGAAGGACUGGGAGGAGACCAAGGGCAAGCUGGAGGACACUGCCAACGAGGCUGGCAAGAAGAUCAACCGCGCCGCCGACUCGGCUGAGAAGAAGGCCCGCGAGCUCAAGAAGCGCGCCAAGGCUGAGCUCGACGAGGCUGAGACUGCUGCCGCUGCUCUCUGGGCCAAGACCAAGGAUGUUGUUCUCCGUCCCGGGACCCUCGGUGGCCUCAUGGGUAUCGUGAACGUUGGUCUCCUUGGCAGCAUGGGUUACUGGGCGUACGAGAACCGUAACCUCCCUUGGGACCGCCGUAACGUGACGGCCGCUGUCGCCGGCACUCUUGCUCUCUUUGGUGUUGAGGGCUUCCUUGCGGACUCGUACCUUGACACUCCCGAGGGCCGCGCCGAGGCUGAGCGUGCUAAGCGCGAGGGCUCGCGCCUCUACCUCCAGGCUAAGGAGGUCAUUCUGCGUCCCAACGUCUUCGGUGGCCUUGCCGGUAUCCUUAACGUCGGUGUUCUUACUGCUGUUGGCUACUACGCAUGGCGUGACUGGCGGAAGCCUUGGGACCACCAGGUUGUCGCUGGUGUGACUGCGGGUCUUCUUGCUCUUUCCGGUCUCGAGGGCUACAUCGGCUCGCAGUACGUCGAGAAGGAGCUCCCCAAGCACUAGAAGCGAAGCGUGAGGGGGUGCCGUUGAGUUUAGUGUUGUUAGCAGCCAUACGAUAGGCGGGUGAACUCACCUUUCGAGGAAUCAUAGUGAGCUAGUGUCGAGCCUUCUGUAAUCCGCUCUGCUUGGAUAUGAAUAUCGCAUAGCUUAGUAGAGAGAAGUUGAUAGUAGACCAGUGUGCAUGGGCUCGAGGAUAGAGGAUGGAGGAGGGAGGGGGCAUGGCGGAUUGGUUCCAGGGACGCAUCCACUGAGUCAGGCGCGUCUUCCCCACAAUACUCACCCUUGGGAUUUUGGGCUCGAGCAUACUCGUCAAUUGCGGGGUAACGAGGAUGCCACGCUCAGACCUCGCCUUUGCCAUCUGCAUCCUGUAUCAUGCAUCCUGAUCAUGCAC